UUCAACAGAGUCGAGUUCGCCCAUUCGCGAGGAGUCAUCCUGCGGGACAUCAAGCCUGAAAAUUCCGCGAUGGGCGUCAGGGACAUGUCUCACAUCGUCUAUCUAUUCGACUUUGGUUUGGCGAAGCUUUACGUCGACCCAUCCACAGGAGAACAUAUACCAUACCGUGAAUGUCACGUUGCAUUGGGUGUAUUCGAGCUACAAUCAGAACAAGGACGGCGAGACGAUCUUGAAGCACUUGGAAACUUCCUAUUAUAUCUCUUGCAUAGCUGUCUUCCCUGGCAAAAAAUCUAUGCACCAAGCAAAGAGACCUAUUUGCGUCGAAUGGGGGAGAUGAAAGCUGAGUCGGCAGCAUUUCGUGACCUGCUCGCGCGAUCUCCUGCCGAGUUCACGACGCACUUUGAUCACUGCCGUAGUUUGAAGUUCGAAGAAAAGCUGAACUAA